AUGGGGGUGCAGUAUGUGGCAGUGGACAUGGGGGUGCAGUAUGUGGCAGUGGACAUGGGGGUGCAGUAUGUGGCGGUGGACAUGGGGGUGCAGUAUGUGGCAGUGGACAUGGGGGUGCAGUAUGUGGCAGUGGACAUGGGGGUGCAGUAUGUGGCAGUGGACAUGGGGGUGCAGUAUGUGGCAGUGGACAUGGAGGUGCAGUAUGUGGCAGUGGACAUGGGGGUGCAGUAUGUGGCAGUGGAGAUUGGGGUGCAGUAUAUGGCAGAGGACAUGGGGGUGCAGUAUGUGGCAGUGGACAUGGGGGUGCAUAUAUGGCAGAGGACAUGGGGGGUGCAGUAUGUGGCAGUGGACAUGGGGGUGCAGUAUGUGGCAGUGGACAUGGGGGUGCAGUAUGUGGCAGUGGACAUGGGGGUGGAGUAUGUGGCAGUGGACAUGGGGGUGCAGUAUGUGGCAGUGGACAUGGGGGUGCAGUAUGUGGCAGUGGAGAUUGGGGUGCAGUAUAUGGCAGAGGACAUGGGGGUGCAGUAUGUGGCAGAAGACAUGGGGGUGCAGUAUGUGGCAGUAUACAUGGGGGUGCUGUAUGUGGCAGUGGACAUGGGGGUGCAGUAUAUGGCAGAGGACAUGGGGGUGCAGUAUGUGGCAGUGGACAUGGGGGUGGAGUAUGUGGCAGUAUACAUGGGGGUGCAGUAUGUGGCAGUGGACAUGGGGGUGCUGUAUGUGGCAGUAUACAUGGGGGUGCAGUAUGUGGCAGUGGACAUGGGGGUGCUGUAUGUGGCAGUAUACAUGGGGGUGCAGUAUGUGGCAGUGGACAUGGGGGUGCAGUAUGUGGCAGUGGACAUGGGGGUGCAGUAUAUGGCAGAGGACAUGGGGGUGCAGUAUAUGGCAGAGGACAUGGGGGUGCAGUAUGUGGCAGUGGACAUGGGGGUGCAGUAUGUGGCAGUAUACAUGGGGGUGCUGUAUGUGGCAGUGGACAUGGGGGUGCAGUAUAUGGCAGAGGACAUGGGGGUGCAGUAUGUGGCAGUGGACAUGGGGGUGCAGUAUAUGGCAGAGGACAUGGGGGUGCAGUAUGUGGCAGUGGACAUGGGGGUGGAGUAUGUGGCAGUAUACAUGGGGGUGCAGUAUGUGGCAGUGGACAUGGGGGUGCUGUAUGUGGCAGUGGACAUGGGGGUGCAGUAUGUGGCAGUAUACAUGGGGGUGCAGUAUGUGGCAGUGGAUAUGGGGGUGCAGUAUGUGGCAGCUGUACAGGCCCACUAG